GAAGGUUCUCAUCUUAGGGCACUAUUGAAUCUGAACAGAGCAGCAUUCAAGAUGUUUCUAAAAAUUGCUUUAUUCUCUUUUACAUUGUAUUUAGUCAAUUCGUCCGUUGCUUUUGCAAAUUACACAGAAUAUGGCUUAGACGGCAAAAAUGUUUAUGGAGAGACGGAGGAUGAAAUUAUAGAUCCAGUAGCGGAAGAAGACGAUUCAGAAGACUACGAUUCUACUUCGGAAGUUCUAUCGGAUAGCGCAAGUUCCAAGGCGACAGCGAAUUCGCGAUGCUGUGCCGAAUCAAAGACGUAUAUUAUCGGGAAACAGCUCGUAAAGCACGCCGCAGCAUCUACUUUGUGCCAAAGAAUUGGAAUGGAACUAGCGACCGUGAUGUCACCAAAAGAGGAAAGAGCUUUAGUAAAGACUUGGAAAUCCUUUGGAGUUGGCAGAGGCCUGGCAGCUCAUGAACAGAGAACAGUUUGGCUGGGAGGCAUCAGAUGUCCGGAAUGUUCCAGCGAAUUUAUUUGGGAUCCAACUGGAAAGCCCGUAGUUUAUACACACUUUCAAAAAGACCAGCCAAACAACGUGGGUAAAUCUCAGAACUGUUUGCUAUUGCAAUAUGGUUUAUAUAAAUUUAACGCAACUCAGAAAAACUCUUUCGGUUGGAACGAUUAUGAUUGUCAGACCAAACAACGGUUUGCCUGCCAAUCGCGUUGUUGUUCUAACUAACUUCCUACAGCUGCAGUCAACAUUUAUAUAGAUAAUAUAUUGACUGGUUAAGUGUGCAACUUGCUAAUGAAAAUAUAUACAUGAACAAUGCCGAAAAAAUCAA